AUGGGCGGUAGUCCAUUCUUGCGCUUUUUUGUAUUCUACAGCUUCGGGAACUAUAUUAUUUUCGAGUCUGUCCAGGUGAACAACCCAGCAUGGCUUGCAGUUUUGAUGCCGUUGUCGGUACUUAUGAUACAAGCUUCCGCUGACUAUAUGUUCUUUAGGAACGAGGAGCAUCAAAGUAUAAAUAUGAAUCGAGAGCUGGGCAAAAAAGUCCUAGAGCUCAGUAUAACCGAAGUUGGAAUCUAUUUAGUCCUAUUUCUGUUCCCCUUGGCAUUUGGAACUUGUUUUCAAUGGCAGAUAAGCGGGACCUAUCUGACAGUAUUCUAUGCUGGAAUUCCACUUGUUAUAUAUGGACCGAGUUGUUAUUGUGUGUGGAGGACAGCGAAAAAACUAUCAAAAAUCGUGCCAGAAGAAGCGGUGGCAAGUUCUCAGUCCACUCAAAUGGAGGAGUACAAUUUUUAA